AACAAAUAUAAUGAUUCAAGAGAAUUAAAAACACGAGAAAGAUCAUUUUGUUUGUUGGGUCCUAGUCAUCUUUAACAAAUGCAACAAUUUGUCCCCAUCUUUAUAUAUUUGGAUCUUUUCUUGCUGUAAUAUGCAACUCCCAAAAGCAUGUACUUUUCCACAGUUCUAAUAGUUUUCUUUAUCGUAUUAGACGUUUUUGUUUAUUUUUUACGGAAACAUCAACAGGUAGAUGAUGAUGGUGACCAGAAGAAUACAUCCCCGUCAUUUUCAUCAGGUCAACGAUAUGUACACGAAGAAGAUAAGCGCGAGAGGCAAUACUCAUCUGAUGCACAAUGUCGCCGUUUUUCACUUGCAGAAAUCAAAUUGGCAACUAAUGAUUUUGAUGAGGGAUAUGCCAUAGGAAAGGGCGGUUUUGGGAAGGUAUACAAAGGUAAAAUUGGCUUGGGUGAAGGAAUUGAUGUUGCCAUCAAGAGGUCACAUCUUGAUUCCAGUCAAGGAGCAGCCGAGUUCUGGGCGGAAAUUGACAUGCUUUCCAAGUUUCGUCAUAGUCAUAUUGUCUCUCUACUAGGAUAUUGUGAAGAACCAGGUGAAGGAGAGAUGAUUCUUGUUUAUGAAUACCUGCCUAAUGGAAGUCUUGCGGAUCAUUUGCACAAAAGAAAAGGCAAGGAACGUAAUUCAUCUCCUCUGACCUGGGUUCAGAGGCUCCAUAUCUGCAUAGGUGCUGCUCGUGGGUUGGACUAUCUCCAUACGGGUACCAAUGUUCAAAUUAGAGUCAUACACCGUGAUGUCAAGAGUUCAAAUAUCUUGCUGGACAAGAAUUUGGCAGCUAAGAUUUCCGACUUUGGGAUAUCCAGAACUAGUCCAGCAUACCUGUCAGGAACUACUACUAAUGUUUUUACGGGUCAGAUCAUAGGCACAUUUGGGUACUUGGAUGCCGAGUAUUUCUCAACUCAUAGACUGACACGUAAGUCUGAUGUGUAUGCAUUUGGUGUGGUCUUAUUAGAAGUUUUAUGUGGAAGACCUGCUCUGGAUUUUACAUUGGAUGAGCAGCAACACAGCCUGUCUGGAUGGGCUAAGCAAUGCAUCAGAGAAGGUAACAUAGGUCGAAUUAUUGAUCCCCAUUUAAGGGGGCAAGUACCAGGUAACUGUUUAAAGGAAUUUGGGCAAAUUGCAUACGAGUGCCUCCGUGCUUGUGCAAAGGACCGACCCACAAUGACUAAGGUGCUGGCAAGGCUUGAGUUUGUGCUAGCAUGGACGUUGCGGAGCAUGCAGAGUGCUAAUAAUCGGAAACACAUUGGAAGAGCCAUAUUAAUUGAGAAGGCAUGGUCAUUGUUUUCAAUUAAAGCACCAACCCGUGUGAGUUCUGAUACAAAGAAACUUGGGCAAAGUGAUGACAGCAAAGAAAAAGGUGUCACAGUGGAACAACAUGAUGCCUCAGUGUUGGAAAGUGCCCGUGAGAGUGGUGGUGUUGCAAACACUCACCAGCAGGUGGUUCCACCCAGUGGGGAGACGAUCCUGAAAGAGUUCACAUUUUCUGAACUACAGAGUGCCACAAGGAAUUUUGGGCAGGAUAUGGUCAUUGGAGAGGGUGGUUUUGGGAGGGUUUACAAAGGGUGGCUGGACAGUGUAACAUACGAGCCACGAAGGAUUGGUGAUAAGAUUGCCGUGGCCAUCAAGAGAUCCAAAGCUGAAAGUGCUCAAGGUCUAAAAGAGUGGCAGGCAGAACUGAUGUUCUUGGGAAGGAUUAGCCACCCAAAUCUUGUUAAACUCUUUGGAUAUUGCUGGGAAAAUAGAGAUUAUUUUCUUGUUUAUGAAUUUGUGCCAAAAGGAAGCUUAGAAAACCAUCUCUUCAGAAAAGGUGCAGAACCACUUCCAUGGUAUACGAGGAUUAAAAUUGCUAUCGGAGCAGCUCAAGGCCUUGCUUUCUUGCACAGUACAGAAAAUAAUGUCAUUUGUAGGGACUUGAAAUCGUCAAAUAUUUUGUUAGACCAGGAUUUUAAUGCGAAGAUCUCGGAUUUUGGACUGGCAAAAUUGGGUGUGCUAGAUGGGUCGACUCACGUCUCAACAGCCAUAGCAGGCACCUAUGGUUAUAUGGCUCCAGAGUAUGUUGCUACUGGUCACUUGUAUAUCAAGAGUGAUAUUUAUACUUUUGGGAUGGUGAUGUUGGAGAUUAUAACUGGGCUACGAGCUUUUGAUGCUGCACGACCUGCAAAGAAGCGUUACUUGUUGGAGUGGACUAGACCUUUCUUACGUGAUAAAAAGAGAUUAGAAAGAAUUAUGGACCCACGAUUGGAACAUGAUUAUCCAGCAAAAGGAGCCCGAAAAGUCGCUGAGCUUAUCACAAAUUGUGUAGAAGUAGAUCCCAAGAACCGGCCUUCUAUGGAGGAAGUUGUAUCAAUUUUGCAAGGUAUCAAUGCAAUCAAAAUGAAACCAAACCAGCCAAAGUCAAAGACAAACACUAUACAUCUAAGUCAGUAUCAUCAUCAAAACCACCACUGGUCUUAUCUUAGUAGAAAGCAGGGUGGAAUAGGUUGGUCUGUUAGUAGUUUGCGAUCAGGUUUUAGAGCGCUCAUUGGUUCAAAGCACGACCAUGCCCAGACAGCAACAAUCCAAACCAACUCUGAAAAGUGGGGAAAUUGAUGGCUUUUAAAUGAACCUGGCUUGGCUUGUCAUGCUUACUAGGACCAAGUAAUGAUACACAGUUAUUGGUCCAUGUAUGCAUAUCAGUUUAUCUGUUAGCAUUAAUCUAAAUAAAUGAUGCAGGCCCUUAUUUAUGUUGGGUUUGCAAUUUAUGAAUCAUAUUGCAACACAUGCAGAUUUCUAAAUCAGGUAGUUAUUGCAUUGCCAAUAUUUGUUAUCGUGGUUGUCAUCGUGCAGGCGUGUGAUUAUCAGCCUUAUCACAAAGAUCUGGGUGGCCCACAAUAGUACACCUAAGGAAAAGAUGAUUGAUAAUACCAUAUCAGUCAAACAGAGUAGAAUAGAUAGGCCUAAUGUCCAUUUCUUCUGUUCACAUUCAUCUCCUCGUAAUAAAUGGUUACGUACAUUAAUGGGAGUGGGGUAUAAUUGUGCUUUCACAUUUUCAA